AUGGCCACCUUGUUCCAGUCGUUUCGAGGCUCCGGCAUGCCUAAACGCCUGCUGCGCUAUGCCCUGUCGCGCCUGGACCUGCUAGACGCCGACGCUCUCGAUAUGGAUAAUCUCGAUUUGGCAAUAGGAAGGAAUACCGUCUUUGAAUUCCGAGAUGUCGGCAUCAAACUCAAGAAGCUUCAAAAGCUACUGAGACUGCCACCUACAUUCGAUCUCGACAAAGCCAAGGUGCUUCUCCUCCGCAUAACUAUACCCAUGGACUUCUACACGAGCCCCAUUAUUGUCCAAGUCGAUGGUGUCCACGUCCGCUUAAAAGUUCUGGGUAAUAUAUGCAAGACGGCUCGGACAUCGAGUACGCCAACUCAGGAAGCUUCUGUGGUUCCAAAUACGGCCGAUUUGGCGCAGUCUUUUCUGCAAACGGAGCCAUUUUCCGAGAGGAAGCAACUAGAAGAUGCGCUGGCUGCAGAAACCAACGAUUUGGGCGCAUCCGUCACAAUGAGCGAGGAUGGAAGCGAAGACGAGUCGCAAUUCGGCACAGGACAGCCGCUGUCGCUGCCUGGAUUUCUGACAGACUUUUUACAGGGCAUUGUGGACCGGACACAGAUCUCCAUAAACAACGUUGUUUUCCAGCUGGACCUGGAGGUUCCUGCUGAGUUGAAUUCAUCCAAGCUCGAGCCAGUUUCUUUCCAGGUUGCCUUGGGACAAAUUAACGUUGAAGGCAUCACCGCCGAUGCUCAAGGGGGAGAUGGCGGCGCUGCGCAAAUCGUCCACCAGGAGGGUAAACGCCAUGUUUCGCUUUCGAGUAUCCGCGCCUGUUUGAUAUCCGAGGCCGGUGCCUUUGCCUCGCUGACCCGUUCGCCAUCCACGGCCUCUCCAUCCCUUGCUUCCUCACCAGCCAUGACGAGAAACCCACCCUCUCGACAAGCCACUUUCCUAUCACAGGGCAGCUUCCAUGAACAGCCUAUGGCAGCCCUCCAGGAAAGUUUUCGGGGGCGCCUAUCGGACGAUGAAGCUUCAGAUAGCCAAGACUACCCUCUUGGUGACAGCGAGGACGCACUAGCGAUACCAUAUGACUUAUCGGAUACGGAGCAUGACCCGCAUGAGGAAUCCGAAGGCGACUUGGACGAACAAGGCCCACUAACCCCCCGCGCAUCGAAAUAUCUCGACUCCUGCGAAUUUCCAAGAUCAUCGCAUCUAUUUCAUUCUACUAUUGAAUCUAGCAUGGCGUCACCUAUGCAUAGUGAGCUCCUAGGGCCAGGCUUGGCCGCUGUACACGAUAAUUUGGGUCACGCCGAACAGUAUCACGAAACUGGCUCGUCUCAUCUGGCCUCUGCGGACCUGUACAGCGAAGCGUCUCCUUCGUCAAGAAGCCAGCUGCUGUCAGGGUCUGCAUCUGUGGCCGAUUUGGCGCAAUCGCAGAUCUAUACUCAUGAAGAAGCGGAGAGCAUGUAUAUGAGUGCGUUUUCACAAACUGCUGGUCCACGAAAUAUAUCCUUGGUGGAUGAGCGGGAUCCCGAGGCGCCCGAGGAUACGCCCGAGGAUGUAACGCAGGCCCAGGAGAUGGCAGUGUCUGAAGGGCUAGAACAUUCGCAGGCUGUCGAAGCACAACAGGACGUUGGAAAUUCCAAAGACUUAGAGACACGGGAGAAAACAGGUGCGGCAGAUGUACUACCAAUCGAUGUGGAUCAGCCUGCUGAGACGCUCGUUGAGCUGCAAACCGAGGAUACUCGGCCGAUGACACCAACUAUGCCAGGAGCCUGGGAUGAUAGUAUGAAUACGCUGCCUGACCCUCUUGUGCGAUCCGCGGACGAGGUUGGAGAACCGGGACCUGUUGCUAACGAGAAGAAAACUACAUCUGAUGGCUACAGCACUCUGCCACCACCCGCAUCUGGUCGGGCAUUCCCAUCACGCUCUGAGCGACAACCACCGCUUGGCCAUGCGUCUGAUGGCGGUGCUGCCCCUCGAGGCCCACCAAAGCUAGUCAAGGAGAUAAUGCGGCUUCAUAAUAUUUCAAUCUACCUUCCCACACAGCAUCAGCACAUUCAUGUUCAUGUCGACUCUCCCGAAUCGCUCAACCGACUUUCGCAAUCACUGGGGCAGUCAUCUAUAUAUCCUCAAGCUCCUGGAGCAUUUUCCAUUCAUAACUCCCCAUCGCCUGGGCAGCCCCAGCCUCCUAAUAAAGAAUCACCGGACUCUGGAAAAAACGGGGUUCUAGAAAUAACUUUGUCCCCAAUCAUCAUCAACUUUGAUGCUUCCAUUGCCUUCUUACUAGCUGGGGUUAUGGAAAAGCUUCUUCAGGCGUUGAAGAGUGAUAAGCAGCCCUCUCGGCAAACAACAAAGCAAGACUCAAAAGCAGCAGCUGUGCCUCGCAUGCAAAUUUCUGUGGAGGAAAUCACAGUCAACUUUCUUAAUAGGCUAAGUGGCUUGAUUAAUCCAUCGCACCCGCAUGUGGACUUUCCCUUAAUCAAUGUUGACGAAGAGGUCCUCCUGAACAUGACUCUUAACAAUCUGAAGCUAUCAUGUGUUCCUGUGUUGGUCAAUACAAAAGUCUCCAUGAUGGGGAGCAGGCCCUCCUUGCCUAAGCAAGGCGACACGCUAACAAGGAUUGAGCUUGAAAAAUUCCGCUUCGGGUACGCAAGGGGUGACAUACUUUCGUUUGAUGGCGCAAGGCAGAUGAGUACAUCCAUUAGAGACUCUUUCCUUUCCACUGGCUACGAUAUUGGCAUCGAAAUCUUGCAGUCUGGAGAUACCGUCCGAACAAAUGUGGAAACACUUCCGCUGGUCAUUCAGAUCGAUUUACAGCGACUUGACGAGACCUUUGACUGGUUUGGUGGACUCAGCAGCUUUCUUAAUAUGAGCGCGUCCAUGACUUCCAGUCUAUCACCAACAACAAAGUCCAUACAGACUCUGUCACCAAAACCCCGCGGUGUUCGAUUUGCCACGCCAAUUGACCCAAAAGACAAGUCAGCCUCAGCGCAGAACAAGAUCAAUUUGAGAGUCGGGGGAGCAUUGAUAGAACUUGUCGGUAAAGAUUGCAGUGUAGCUGUCGAGACCAGCGCCUUAAAGGUCGUCAGCAGAGACGAGGGUAUUGGCAUUGGUUGUAGCAGACUACGCAUUUCGGGGCCGUAUCUAAAGUAUUCGUUGUCAGACCCGGCCAUCAGUGCAGAAGUCGGAGGCAUGAGGCUAGAGUUUCUUAUGGCGCCAAUGGACACGGACCUUGAGAAGCUGCUUGAGCUCAUCAUUCCCUCCAAAGUCAAGUUUGACCACGACAAUGAUGAAGUUAUGGUCGACACCCUCCUGCGACAGAGGAGGAAAGGCUCUGUGUUAAGAGCCACUUUGGACACCGUUAACGUGUCUGUCAAGAACAUUGGCCAGCUUUCUGCUCUCCCGGCCCUUGGCGAGGAGAUUGCCAAACUGGCAGCAGUUGCCAAAUAUCUGCCAGAGGAUGACCGGCCUGGCCUGCUCACACUGACCCGAGUACAGAAGCUCUCCUUCAAUUGCGAACUUGUCGAAAAUAUUGGCCAUAUUACUUGCGACAUUCGAGGUCUCGAGGUUGGCCAAAUUACCGUUCCAUCUCUAAUUGCUGUUGCAGUCCACGGUAUCAAUGUUCGGCGAAAUAGGAAUGAGGAACUCAUUGGUUCUAGCCUUUUAGAAGGUGCACCGGAUUCAACAACAAACGGCCCGGUUCUUAUGGUGCGAAUGAUUGGAGAUGAAAUCGAGCCCAUUAUAAAACUCAAACUACAGGACCUGAGAUUUGAAUACAGGGUCGCCACUAUUAUGGACUUUCUCGAUCUUGGAAGCGAUGCUACCCCGCAAGAUUUUGAAGCUGGUCUUGCGGCAUCGGUUGCAAUCUUGGGGGAUCAAGCUCACACGGCUCUUUUGGGCCGGCCAGCUUCACCUGGCGCUGAGAAGCCCACAGCUCCCAACAAACCCACGAUUCUAGACCUGGCUUUGCGAGAUUGCGUCAUUGGACUGAACCCUUACCGUCUGCCAUCGAAAAUGAUUGUGGCACUGACUGAUGCGCACGUGGAGGCCGUAUUACCUAAUCACGGCAGGACGAAGGUUGCGGUUGGCGUUAGUAAGGCUUCCAUUCUCUUAACGGACGACGUCAAACAAAUUCAGAGCAUAGGAGAGCAGGCCGAAAGUCCAAGAGUUCGGUCGUCGUCUCCCGUCUCUCCGCAAGUAGAAGAACUCUGCGCUCUUGGGUUUGUAGAUAUAUGCUACAUAUCAUCGGCAAGCGUCGUUGCUGUCAUCAUCCCCGACCCGGAGAGCGAGGCAAAAAUCGAAGUCGAAGUACGAGACGAUCUCUUGGUGCUGGAAACCUGUGCCGACUCCACACAAACGCUCAUUACCUUGGCCAAUGCCUUGAAGCCUCCGACCCCUCCUUCGAAAGAGAAUAAAUACAGAACAAAGGUCCUCCCAGUACAAGAUCUUCUAGCCUCCAUCUCCGCUGAGGCAUUUGGGCGACCAGAAGGUGAAUACGACUUUGACCAAGAUUUUGCAGGAGCACAAGAGAUGGUGGGAAGCGGCUCUGAAGAUGAAUUUGGGAGUGGCAAACUGCUCCCAGUAGACUCUAGGUUUUAUGGAUCUCAAUCAGCGGGUGAAGAAUUGUUUGACGCAACAAAGAGCAUGGAAUUGUCACAGGAUGCUUUAAUGGAAGACACGAAUGAAGGCGUCUUGCUCACAGGAUUCAGCCAGUCUCGGAGUGAAUUGACCCAGAGCAAUGACGACUUGGUAAUACAUGACAACUUCUAUGAUGACAACACGCCUGAAGAACAUGCGGCGAUGGUAUGGAACUCAAACAACAAUUCUUACGACAGAGCACCUGCCAAUCUCAUACAUGCUAGUCCUAUCAAGGUGUCGGUACGGGACGUGCAUGUUAUCUGGAACUUGUUCGAUGGGUAUGAUUGGACUGGUACUCGUGAUGUCAUUGCAAAGGCUGUUGAAGAUGUGGAACUGAAAGCUACCGAGCGCCAGUCUCGGCGAUCCGGUGUGCAGGUUUACGAGGAGGAUACUGAUGAUGAGGAAACCAUUGGAGAUUUUCUCUUCAACUCUAUUUACAUUGAAAUACCCUCCAACCGUGAUCCUCGGGACCUUACGCGGGCCAUCAAUGAGGGGCUGAAUGAUAACGCGACAGAAACGGAGUCUGUAGCGACGACAGCUAUGACAAUGAAUACGACACGGACCGCACGACGCAGCCAUCCCAAGUCCAGGCGUUUGCGACUACAUCGCAGCAAGCACCACAAAAUCACAUUUGAGCUACAGGGCGUGAAUGUGGACAUGGUCAUGUUCCCACCUGGCAGUGUAGAGACGGUCAGCAGUAUCGACGCCCGGGUUCAGAAUUUCGAUAUUUUCGACCACGUCCCCACAUCGACAUGGAAGAAGUUUGCGACAUACGACCAAGAUCACGGAGAGCGCGAAAUGGGUACCAGCAUGAUCCACAUGGAGCUGCUGAAUGUGAAGCCAAUUGCAGAAUUGGCUGCUUCGGAAAUCGUCCUCCGCGCAACAGUCUUGCCACUACGACUGCAUGUGGAUCAAGAUGCCCUGGACUUCAUUACUCGGUUCUUUGAGUUCAAGGACGAUAAAGUACCUGUUCAUGCAUCGCCAAGCGAUGUCCCCUUCCUUCAGCGCGCGGAGGUGAUGGACAUUCCAGUCAAGCUCGACUUCAAGCCGAAGAGGGUUGAUUAUGGCGGUCUGCGAUCUGGUCACACCACCGAGUUUAUGAACUUCAUCGUGCUGGAGGAGUCUCGAAUGGUACUCCGCCACACCAUCAUUUACGGCGUUGCAGGCUUUGAUCGCCUUGGCAAAACAUUAAAUGACAUUUGGAUGCCGGAUGUCCGAAACAAUCAGCUACCUGGAGUUGUAGCUGGACUUGCGCCUGUCCGAUCCCUCGUAAAUAUUGGCAGCGGGUUCAAAGACUUGGUUGAGAUUCCUUUGCGGGAAUACCGAAAGGAUGGUAGGGUCAUACGGAGUAUUUCAAAGGGAGCAGUGGCAUUUGCCAAGACGACUGGCACAGAACUUGUCAAACUCGGCGCCAAACUUGCUGUGGGAACGCAGUAUGCUCUCCAGGGGGCCGAAGAUAUGCUCACCCAGCGUGGUCAGGCAGAAGGCAAUUGGGAGGAUGACGACCUGGACCCGGAAGACAAGAAGCAGAUAUCAUUGUACGCGGACCAACCGGCGGGUGUUUUGCAGGGCAUUCGCGGUGGAUUUAGGUCGCUCACAAGAGACGUCAACCUUGCACGGGAUGCCAUUAUCGCAGUGCCUGGCGAGAUCAUGGCAACGCAAUCAGCGAGUGGUGCUGCCAAGGUCAUGUGGAAGAGAGCGCCAACCAUCAUAUUCCGACCUGCAGUUGGUGUGACCAAGGCCAUAGGACAGACGCUUAUGGGAGCAACCAAUGCCUUGGAUCAGGAUAACAAGCGGCGGAUUAGCGAGAAAUACAAGCAUUAA